AUGGGAAAAGAAAAAAUUCAUAUCAACAUUGUCGUCAUUGGUCAUGUCGAUUCAGGUAAAUCAACAUCAACUGGUCACUUGAUCUACAAGUGUGGUGGUAUCGAUAAACGUACCAUCGAAAAAUUCGAAAAAGAAGCUGCUGAAAUGGGUAAAGGUUCGUUCAAAUACGCUUGGGUAUUGGACAAACUCAAAGCCGAACGUGAACGUGUCGCAGUCGGUGUUAUCAAAGAAGUCGAAAAGAAAGCUGCAGCAUCAGGCAAAGUCACCAAAUCAGCAGCUACGGCUGCCAAAGGUGGCAAAAAGUAA